UCCUGUAUUUAUGAUCACAUUCAUUUGUUCUUUGGGAAUUUGUAAAAAAAACAUCAUUUUCUGUUGCAUUCAAGCAUUUUCCAAAGAACAUUCUGAAAGUUUCAGAAAAUAUAAACAGAUUAGCCUGUUCUAAAGGAACAUUGUGCAUUGCCUUUAUGAUACGUCUCCACAAACCACAAGAAUCUUUGUGUAUAUUUCUUAGUGGACAAUGUGACUUUUUUAUAUUUACUAGGCAAAUAUUGGAGUUUUGUAGCUAACAUUUAUGAUCUGCUCAGAUCAACAAGCCAAAUGUGUUUUGUUCAAAUAUUCACCAUCAUCCCACAGGGGUGUGGCUUUGCUGCUGGUCAGAAACAGUGGGUACAUUCAUCCAAGAUUAUGAAAUGAGUAUGACUUUGGUUUGUUCAGGAUUUAUAGGGUCGUAAACGGUUAUAAAGGCCCAGCUGCCACAGUAAAGGAUGUUAUGUUGUAAAAAAUGUGCGUAACAUCUGAACCAGACUAACAGAACAACUGUACUUUGGAAUUAAUUUUCUUAUCUAUCCACCCAUUUUCUGCCACUUAGGGUCACAAGGGCAGCAGUCUAGGCAUGGAUGUUCAGACCUCCCUCUCUCUCCAGCCACCUCCUCCAGCUCCUCCAAGAUGUUCCCAAGUCAUCUGAGAGAUAUAAUCUCUCUGGCAUGUCCUGCAUCUCCUCCUGGUUGGACAUGCCCAGGAGGCAUCUUGUCCCUGGGCUGCCUCCGCUGCACUCUCACAGGAAAAAAGUACCAAUUUGUAUCUUGCUUGUCACUGAGGCUGUACCCUCAAGGGUAAAUGUACCUUUUCAGAUAUAGAAAUGGACUAUGAGACCAUUUGGACCAUUGAUGGAAGAUCGAUGGAAUGGGAAGAUCAGGCAGGGGCACACUGAGGAGCACAUGCAGACAGCAACAUCGAUGACUGGACUGGGGAUUGCAGGACUGAAGGACUAUUUAUACGGGCCAUAAAAAUUUGAGCGGAUUGGAUUGGUCUGAAUUGGGGGCCCAAUAUGAUAUGUUUUCAUGGGGACCAAAAUCUUUAGUGACGCACUUGGUCUGGACCCUUCCUCUGAGUGAGGGAUGGUCCAGAUACGUGCCCUGAAAUGUCAGUGUAAUAUAAUAAACUUGGGGGAAAAAAACGUUAAACGGUUAAUGACGGCUAAUUAAUUGUUAGGUAUAUACAUCAUACUAGAGGAUGCGUGGAAAUUACUUACAUCUGUUCCAGACCAGUUACUACCUGACAAGUCUUCGGUAAGCUAUACACUAUCGUGAUAAGCAACGAUCCUUACGAAGAACGUACCUUAUCAUGGAAAAAUGUAAAUCGCCACAUUUGAACUCCAAGUUGCCAUAUAAAACAAUUUCAGCGAUUAUUUUAAGUGUUCAGCGGUUUUCGUUUACUUGUUGUCAAAAUGUUGUUCACUACGCAUGUCCGGCAACCUUGUCUCUACAGCUGUGCAAACGCCAAGGACAAUGUUUUCUAAAGGUAAACAGUAACCUCAGUGGCCUAGAGAAUGAGCCCCGAAACAUUUGCUCUACAGAGAUGGACCGAAUAGUCAGAGAGGAAUCAUCGGACAUGUAGAAUAGUUAAAAGCGAAUAUGCGCUCAGUUUGUGCCCCAACAGCCCCCCCCCCCAGCAUCGUGGGAUUCCCUUUGUCAUCAGCGUUACAAAUCAAGAUCUGCCUAAAUGCAUAAAUUCCCGUGCAUGACUCACUGAAUUCAAGGUUAUGUAUCUGAGUUGUUUCAGAUUUCGUGUUCAGUAUGUGGGCGUGGAUGGUGCGGGCGGAUAACAGGGGAUGUGCCGCUGGCUGAACGCAGGACACGCAAAACACACACACACACAAACACACGCCGGCUGCUUGUCUCCCCCUUUCACACAGAUCCCAUCUCGUCUUUCCAUGACUUCGUCCUUUCCCCCUUCCAUUGCCUCUAGCUGCAGGAGCCUUUGUGUUAAGUUGUUAUUCUUGCACCGGCAGACGGCGUCUUUGUCUCGGAGGAAACGUCCCCUGCCUCCGCCCUCCUUCCCACGGCUUCUGAUAGGCAUUCCUGCGGAUCAAAGAUCGCAUUCGUCCGUCCUUAUGGAAAGUGGUAUCCGUGACAGGUGCGCCAGUGCGCUGUGAAGAAGGCGAGUGAGCGCCCACCAUGGGCCUGCGGCUGCUGCUGCUGCGGGCGGCUUGAAGGAUGGAGGAGACGCUGAUGCCGCAGCCAUGGCCAGAUCAGCAAAUAUCGGCACCGGGGACGGAGACUCCCGGGUGCCGGCCCCGCAAGACCGGCCAGAGGUUCGGGAUUUGUCCGAUCCGCGGGAACUGUCUCUGGAAGAAGUGCUGAAAUCCUACGAGCAGCCGAUCAAUGAAGAGCAGGCUUGGGCGGUGUGUUACCAAUGCUGCAGUCGGCUCAGCAAACCGCUCUCUGCCGCCGGCUUCCGAGGACCAGCGCGGGUCAAGGAUCCAUCCUCGAUCCUUCUGCACCGAGACGGAACCGUGUCCCUGCGAGUGGAUCCCAGCCACGAUGGUAGCAAACCUCCCCUCAAGCCCAUCCCACAGCGCCAGAUGGUUCAAUCCCUGGGCGUGGCCAUUUACCGGGCCCUGGACUGGGGAUUGGACGAGAGCGAGGAGCGGGAGUUGAGCCCACAGCUAGAGCGACUCAUAGAGCGCAUGGUCGGGGGGGAUGAGGGUGGCGAGUCAACGGGCAGUGGCGUGGCGGAUGAGGGUUACAGCGGCCAAGAUGAUGAAGAGGAGGAGGAGGAGGAAGAUGGGACACUGCGUGCGGUGUGCUCCUUUCGCCAGGUGAUGGUGCUGUGUGCCUCUCGGCUGGCCAAUCCCACCCAGGCACCGGAGCAUUACCAGGCGGUGUGCCGUGCCCUCUUUGUGGAAACCCUGGAGCUGCAGACCUUCCUGACCAAGAUCCGGGAUGCCAAAGAGAUGCUGAGGAAGAUUCGAUCUGAGGAGCCGGAGGAGGACCGGUCCACAGCAGAGCUUGAUGCCCUCAAACACAGGGACUGGGCUCGCCUCUGGGUGCAGCUUAUGAAGGAGCUUCGGCAAGGCGUCAAGCUGAAGAAGGUCCAGGAGCAGCAAUUUGAUCCGCUGCCCACUGAGUUCCGCCUCACGCCGUUCGAGAUGCUGAUGCAGGACAUCCGCGCCCGCAAGUACCAGCUGCGCAAGGUCAUGGUGGAUGGAGACAUCCCUACACAGGUGAAGAGAGAUGCCCAUGAUCUCAUCCUCGACUUCAUCAGGUCUCGACCCCCCCUGAAGCCGGUAUCAGAGCGGAGUCUGCCCCCUCCUCCACUGGAGCAGCAGUCCUUGCAUGAACAGAUCCUUGCUGAGAUCAAACAGGAGCGCAAACUCAAGCCCGUGGACCUCCCCAGUUCCAAAAGGCGUACGUCCGAUCAGUAUCAUGCAUUCGGCUCUCUGCCCUGCCUGCUCCACCCCUGCCCGCAUGACGUCAAGUCCACCUCCUGCAUUGACCUGUCCGUGUCAGAGGUGGGGGGGCGCCCCCUUCCCCGGCCCCGCGUGCUGCUGAAGGCCCCCACCCUGGCCGAGAUGGAGGAGAUGAACCUUUUCGAGGAGGAAGAGUCCCCGGGCAGCGGGGAGCUCCGCCGCGCCGAGAGUUCGCCCACACCCCUGAAGCGUGACCGCUCCUUCUCGGAACAUGACCUGGCUGGCCUCCGGGGGGAGCUGCUGCCCUCGCUGUCUGACUCCGCCCACUUGGGCGGGGCUGCGCUGCGCAGAGGGGAGCGGCCGAGGGCGUGCACCCUGGGGGGGGGAGGCGCACCCCCACUGCAUCGUGCUUCAUAUCCCAUGCAAGGCUGGCUGACCCCCUCCGCUGGGGGCUAUUCUCCCGCUCGUAACUCCUUGAGCUCCGUGGAUGAAAGGAUGGAAGCAGCCGAGAGCUCGUCGCCCACACAGGAGGGCCAGAAGCACCAGUGGAUGGAGGAGUUCAGCCACCCAGUGGAGAGUCUGGCCUUGACGGUGGAUGAAGUCAUCAAUGUGCGCCGGGUGCUGGUGAAGGCAGAAAUGGAGAAGUUCCUACCAAAUAAAGAUCUGUACAACAGCCUGCGUAAAGGCAAGGUCUGCUGCUGCUGUAAAGUGAAGUUCCCUCUCUUCUCCUGGCCGUCCACCUGUCUCCUGUGUAAGAGGUCGGUCUGUGGGUCCUGCAGUGCCAAGAUGAAGAUCCCUUCAAAGAAAAUGGCGCACAUCCCAGUCUACACAGUGGGUUUCGAGAGCAGCCUGAGCGGCCACUCCCGAAAGAGCGAGGUCUUCAAGUCCCUGCGCAGCCUGUCCCGUCACUCCGUGGAAGUGGAGUUCCCUCACCUGUACGCCCACGGCUGCAGCCUGCGUGAUGUCUGCUCCGACUGCACCAAAUUCGUGGCGGACGUCAUCUCAUCAAGCCGCCGCAGCCUGGACAUCCUGAACAACACACCCAAAAGGGAGAGGGCUGUGCCACUGCAGCGCCCCCUCUCGCACCCGCAAGGCACUACAAGGUGUUGCAAGUGAAGGGAAGACUGACUGGUCCGUCACUUCCUGCCCCCUUGCCGGCAUCCCAGCCUCGGUUUGCGCCCCCUCCUGCCUGACUGCUGCAACCACACCUGUGCCGUGCCUGUUUGCACCUGAAUAGACUACUGCCCCCCGCCCUCACUCCUACCCCCAUUCUUUUUUCACAUCUAAGGGUGAGGAGUGUGCAGGGUGGAGAUGCCAGGGGCCUUUGGUCAUGUCGUGGACACGCUCUUCUUAGAACAGAAUCUCUGUGUGUUCCUGUCCGCUGGCGGUAUGGUGGGCGUGGCCUGGAUGGAAGGCUAGCGGUAUGGCUGCCAUGGCGACCGGCGGUAUCUGUUCGUUAUACAUCCUUUAGGCUAGAGAUUAAUAGGUUGUCAGGGCACAAAUGUACGAAUGCUUCAGUGGCUACUGGUUUUGUUUAUAAUUUGAAUUGAAAUCUUUAUAUUUCCUUUUAAAGAAUGACUUAAAUGUAUAUGUUUGUGCUAAACACAUAAUGUUAUACGAUAUCAACAUAGCAUAAAAAAAGAGCAUCUCAGUAAACCUCUGAAAGCAUUUUUAUAUUUCAAUAGCUCUAACUUCCCCUGCAGAUUUUCUGUCGUCAUGUUAGAAAGAGCUCAGUUGACAUUGUGCAGCUGUUUGGUAUCUUGAAAACGCUGGGAAACCUCCCUCCGCGUCCCUCCGCCGAGCGCAGACCGCAGACUAGACAAGGGGGACGACGGAGACAGAGAAUACAGAGGCCCAGAGUCUCUUCACACUGAAUUUUCUCUGCGCGCUUGCAUCGCUUUCACGCCGAAUGUAGCUUUUUUUUUUGAACUGACAAGAAAAGAAGGGUGAAUUCCUUCACUCGCACGACGCCCCACUGUCCCGGCGCUUAUGUGCAGGCAAACCAUAAUUCGCCGCUGCCAUGGAAACCACAGGGGACUACAACAAACAGGAAGUGGGGACUGGAGUCAGCUUGUGGGUUGCACAGGGCAUGAAGACUGGCUCUGUGACACGCUGAAAGUGACAAAGGCAGAGCACCCUGCUGUCACAGACCCAUAAUCAGCACCCUGGUCUGUGCCUGAAUGCAGGGCCGGGCGCUGUUCAUGGUGGGGGGGCCACUUGCCAUUGCCUCUCCUCCCCAUCCUAAAUCUGGUGGGCUCAUGUCAUUAUUAUCAGCCAAUAAACCUCGACUGCAGUAAAAAAAAAAAAAAAAACUGCAUGUGGUGAGCUUUGUGGCCUUGCUGGGACCUGCUGCCCCAGAUCAGAUGCAUGCAACCGGCAAACUGAAGAUGUGACGCGUCCAGGAAGAACAUGCUCCCGUCCACACAAGGCGAGGGUCUGUGUCAGACAAGAUGGCUUCAAGGGCAGCAAGCUUCCUUGCAUUUUGUAUUUUUGAUCAGGUCUGCUACACAGGCUCCUAUAACGUAUGCUGCUUUGUCCAGCUAUUAUAGUUCAAAAUAUACAGCUGUUAAUACUGGACCUGGAGAAGCAUGUAACUUAACAGCAGAAUGAAUAGUCAUAAAAAGGCUCAGAAAUAUUCGUUAACUCAAUACAGGGAUGGCCUAUUGACCCACUUAGAGAAACUUUUAAGUAAAGCCGGAUAUUCCGAAAUAGCAGAAACCAUGUAAAUAACAUCAUGUUUCAAUACACCAUUUUCUGAGUCACAUCGUUUCAUAAUACCAGUGGCUGCGUGACAAUUCUUAUAUACCAGUUACUCUAAGUAUUGAACCCCCCAAUAAUAAUAAUAAAUAAAACAAGUAAACAAACAAACAUGUUUUUAGCCCCCCCAUAAUUAUGCAUUUAAGUGAUGAAUAGUUUGCCAUCGCUAUGCCUAGUACAGACUCAGACCCCCUAUCCAUUCGUCUCUAACUACGCCCCUGGAAUUUAUGUAGGAAUACUUCACCAAAA